CCCGGGCACGAAGGAGCGACUGCGUUUGCGCAGUGCCGCGCGCUGAAAGCACGCCCGCGGUGCCACCUGUCCGCGGUCCCGGGUCCCCGAGGCGGAGGACUGUCCUACCCGGUGGCCGAAGCCGGGCCCUCCCCGCGCGCCCACCACCCGCCGCGGCUGCGGACGGUGAAGACACGGAGGCAAGAGGAAGAGGUUGCUCCGCGGGCCGCCGAGCAGGUGCCUUGUGCCUGGAGAGUGCCAGGCCCUGUCUGCUGAGCGCGUGGACGCAGGAGGAAGGAGCCGGCGCUCUCUGGUCCCCCUCCCCCCGGCCGCGCGAGGCCCGGGGAGCUGUGCGGACAUGAAGUUCGGCUGCCUGUCCUUCCGGCAGCCGUAUGCGGGUUUCGUCUUAAACGGGGUCAAGACCCUGGAGACGCGCUGGCGGCCCCUGCUCAGCAGCCAGCGGCACCGCACGCUGGCCGUGCACAUCGCGCACAGGGACUGGGAAGACGCUGCCUGGCGGGAGCUGCUGGGGGAGCGGCUGGGGAUGAGCGCCGCCCAGAUCCAGGCCCUGCUGCAGGCCGGGGAGAAGUUCGGCCGCGGGGUGAUAGCGGGGCUCGUGGACGUCGGGGACACCGUGCUGUGCCCAGAAGACCUGAGUGCCGAUGAGCUCGUGGAGCUGGAGAACCAAGCGGUCCUGACCGGCCUGCAGCACAAGUACCUGACGGCGCUCGCGAACCCCCGGUGGCUGCUGGAGCCCGUCCCCAGGAGAGGCGGGAGGGACGUCUUCCAGGUCGACAUCCCCGAGCACCUGAUCCCCUUUGGGCAGGAAGCCUGACCAGCGUGGGCUCUCGAGGGAAGGUGACCGAGAGACCGGCUGAACCGUGACGCUGUCAACUCGCCGUCGCGCCCAGACGUGCCCAUCUGGUUCUGUCUGGAUUGGCGCCGCCCACUCUGUGCUGUUGGCGGACACAGAUGUGACACUCGGGUGCCAGGAUCGGGGGGGGGGGGGCUCCCUGUGCGCUGCCACUCGGGGCUCGGUGACAGCAUCUCGAGGACUUGGACCUUUAGGCAAAGGGGCAGCUGCCCUGGCCUUGCUUGGGUCCUGCUGAUCUAGACGUGAUAGGGAGAGGGGUUUGGAGAGAACCGGGGGGUGUUUGCCCCCUUUGCUCCGGUGAAGACUCCUAGGAUGUUUGAACAGCGUCGGGGCCGGUGGGGAAGGCUGGCAGCGGGCACUGAAGGCUUGCCUGGGAGUGACCGGCCGGCGACGGCCUGGUUCCCGGGGAAGGGGACGGCCGACUCAGAAACGGGGCGCUGUCUGUCCGCGCAGGGGCUGCCUCUUGUCCCGUUGAAAAGCAUCCCCAGGCUCAGGAAGCGCACGCGUGAGCCGUGCUGCUUCACGUCCAAAGAAAGGCCCCUAAAUCCAGCCCUGCUGGCAAGGUGA